CCACAUUCCAUCGCCAUUGCCGACCUCUUCAUCCCAUAAAAGCUCUCCUUCCCAAAUCUCUCCGCUCCCAACAAAGCAAAUCCAACCCCAACCUCUUGAUCUCCAUAUCCCCUCUCCACAAAUCUUCUCUCUCUCUCUCUCUCUCUCUCUCUCUCUAGGAUUGUAUCGAUUCGAUUGGAGGAAACCACCCAUGGCGCAGAGAACAGAGAAGGAGGAGACCGAGUUCAAGGUGGUUCCUGACACCAUAAGCCUCUGCGUCAACAACUGCGGAGUCACCGGCAAUCCCGCCACCAACAACAUGUGCCAGAACUGCUUCAACGCCACCACCGCCUCCUCCUCCGCUGCCGCCUUGGUUGGGAAGUUCGCAGCCGGCGAAGGUGUCAAGAGUCCUAGAUCUACCUUCUCGCGGCCGGCGGAGAGGUUCGUCGGUGCCGCGGAGACCAGACGGAGCCUGAGGGCUCAGGAUCCGGCGGUGGCGGUGAAGAAAGAGGUGAAUCGGUGUUCCGGCUGCCGGAGGAAGGUAGGCCUGACGGGAUUCAGGUGCCGGUGCGGAGACCUGUUCUGUGCGGAUCACCGGUACUCCGACCGCCACGAUUGCAGCUACGACUACAAAGCGGCGGGCCGCGAGGCGAUUGCGAGGGAGAAUCCGGUGGUUAAGGCUGCGAAGAUCGUUAGGGUUUGAAAAGACCGUAUAAUACUUGCAUACAUGAAAUUUAAACCAGAUGAAGAAGAAUCAAAUAUGAAAAUUCCGAGAUCGAGCAUGUGUAAAAUCAGCGCGAAAAGUUUGAGAUCCGUAGGCUCGAUUUCUUAUUGUUCUGUCUCUUGGAUGAUGGGCUCUCUAUAGAUCGUGAACAAAAAAGAGAGGGGAGAGAAAUAGAUUUGUUAAAAAAGAGUCUUAUCAGAUGAUAAAAUUAUGAAUGAUUAUGAAGAAGAAAUUCUGUUUGUGUA